CUGGACAUGCUGAUUCUAAACCACAUUGGUUAUACUUACUUUAAUUACUUUGAUGGAGAUGUGGACCAUGUACGAAAUCUCCUGGAGAUCAAUGUUCUGAGUUACGCAACCAUGACUGUAGAAACUCUCCCCAUGUUGAAAAAAAGCAAUGGGAAUGUGGUAGUUGUGUCUUCAUUUGCAGGUAAAGUAGGCUUACCGUUUACUGUGCCCUAUUCCACUACCAAAUUUGCCUUAGAUGGCUUUUUCAGCUCUUUGCGCAUGGAAUUCAAGCAACAGAAAACAAACGUUUCCGUCACAUUGUGCGUCAUCAGCUAUAUAGACACAGAUUCAGCAGUAAAUACUGUGUCUGGUGUCAUCCAGCAACCAGCAGCUCCAAAAGAAGAAUGUGCACUAGAGAUUAUCAAAGGGGGUGCCCUACGGAAAAGGGAGGUAUAUUACCAAUAUCAAGCCACAAAGAUCCCGUUGCUGUUACGGGACUGGGCUCCAGAAUUUCUAGAGAACCUUGUUCUUAUGAAUUACGAUGUGACUAAACUCAAGCAGAAACAAUGAUUGUUCCUCCUACCUAGUUGUAGCUUAAAAUAAUAAUCACCGUCACUUCAAUCAAAUCAUUUACAUAAGACAACAGCGUGGCAAAACCAGGACAUUUGUUAAUUUUCAUGUGCUUUGAUUUUUUUUCCACGAGCUCUCACCAACUGCGCUAGAAGGCAUCUUCUGUCAUGAUAUACAGUAGAUGCCUAUGGCCACAUGGGAUGUUCCAUAGAUUUUGAAAGAUUCCUGCAUGCAAGCACUACUAUCCAAUGAUUAUGUUAUUAUGGUAAGACCCAUACACAAGUGACAGGUUAACUUUAAGGAGCAAAGUGUCUUAAUAAGUACUGAAUCCCAAAUUUAAAAACAAAAUGUAUAUUAAAGCACCGAGGGAGCAAUAUCUGAAAGUCGUUAAAGCUUUAACAUGCACUUUGGCACCUUUUUCACACAAGCAAAGAGAGGUCUGGCAUGAGAAUAAAGGACCUUUAAGAUUAACUUUUAAUUUCU